AUGGUGUGGAGUGGGCAUAAAUACAAGAGACUAUUGCCUCUGUGUUUACUGACAUUGUUAUGGUUUUUGUCCCUUUCACGGUUCCGUCGUGUUGAAGUACCAAAACAGCGUGAGAACAUACAACACAGUUUUGAGCCGACACUUACCACACUUAACGAGGAAGACCUUCAAUCUGUCCAAUUUAUUCCUCAGGCUACGGUGGAUGUGUUGAGGCGACGGGAUUUUUUUGUUGCAGUUGGAUUCUUAUCGCCUGAUAACAACGAGAGACGGAGACGACGUUAUUUACUUCGCUUAACAUCUUUUCAGUACCCGGGGGUGGCAACGAAGAGCAAUAAUUUCAGUGGUGAGUUGAUGAUUGCUUUUAUAUUAGCCCGUCAUCCGGACCACAAUUACACAUUUUCCGCCAAAUUGAAGGAGGAAGCGUGGCAUUGGAAUGAUAUAAUUUCGCUUCCCAUGGAUGAAGGGAAAGUUUCAACCAACAAAACAACGGGAGAUGGCACUCAUUGGGGUCCCGCAACAGAAAUUGGAAUGAGUCGCAAAGUGUUUCAUUGGUAUGAUUUUGCGCUUCGGUUCUUUCGUAAUGUAACUUACAUUUCAAAGGCGGAUGACGAUGCUUUUCUUCACGUACCGCAGUUCCUUGCAGAUUUGCACACUUUACCGCGGCGUCGUGUUUAUUGGGGGUACAUGAAACCAAUGACUGUAAAGGAUCCCUUUUAUUUUGCAGCUGGCAUCUUGUACACAUUGUCGCGGGAUGUGAGUGAGGCUUUCGUGGCUUACGAACCGCUCCGUAAAAUAAUUCGAGUACCAUACAGUAAAGAGCGAGAAAUGGAAUUUAAACCUUUGAUAUUGGAAAAUGAGGAUAUUAUGGUGGCCCGAGUGAUCUCUUAUCUAAGGUUGGAUAAUCUGAGGUAUUAUGUGGAGUCCUGCUGUCGUUUCAAUGAUCUCAACUACGGAUUUUGCAGUGGUGUGCGUGACACUUCUGUUAUCAUACAUGGAGUUAAAGAGGGCCAGUACGCAGAUAUUGUGAAUCGACUCGGCAAACAUCGUACAGUUGCAAACCCAUUUUACCGCGGGUACUUGGGAUGGCACGCCUCGUGCACAUGA